AAAGAUUGAUCCUAAUCAAACUAAAGGUUAUUUUUAAGAUUGAACAUUUAAGUUUAUUUUAUUGAUUUAUUGCAUUAACUUUAACCAUGGAGGUUCGGGGUCAAAUCCCAUAAGAACAGCUGUACCACUAAUUUUGUUGUACAGUUUACUGUACAAUGACAAUAAAUCAAAUCAAAUCUAAUCUAAUCUAAAUACGUAUAUUAGAAGACAAAUCUGGUCUCUUUUUGUAAUGACGUAAUGUUUACUCCUGGGACAAAACCUGAUGUGAACAAUAGUUUUCCUGAGUGAAGGUGGACGCUUUUAAUCCUUUGUUUAGCUUUUAUUUAUCUCCAAGCAGCUGGAACAAAGGUCUCGUUAUUGCACUGAUAAUGACUCCUCCUUUUUAGCCAUGUCUGGUUAUUUACUCAGAUAAAAUGGUUUCAAAUGGUUUUUAUGAAACUGGAGUUCACAGAGCUUCCAACACAAUAAUACAAAUGUGCCUGAAGGGUUUUAUUUGGGUUGCAGUGGUUUUUAUUGUGAAGCAAACUUCUGUUUCAUAAUGUCUGAACAAAAGUUAAUUACCCACAGAGUCGCCCCACCUUUGACAUAAAAUCUCUUUCAUGCAGCCCUUAAAGCUCAUGUGAAGCAAUCUAAAACUGCUUUUCUUUACCCUAAAAGAUUAUUUUUGGAUUUUCUUGUUUUUACUUUUUCAGAAAAUCAAUUUUUGUCACAAUGAAGAAUCUGUUGCUCUGCGUUGUGCUCAUGGUGAUGGUUGUUACAGCCGAUUCUCUGAGCUGUAACUCCUGCAAAGUGGGCUUCAGAGGGAAAUGCCUUCUUUACUCCAAAGAAACCUGCGUCUCAGAUAAGGCCAAGUGCUACACUGGAGACGUGGUCUUUAACAUCACUGAUAUGGUGAGCUUCCACAGUCGAGGAUGCUUUUAUACGAACCCCUGCAACGUUUCGGAGACAGGAAGUCUCCUGACAGCCGGGUACACGUUGACAAGAGUCUGCUGCGACGGCGACAACUGCAAUGGAGCCACGUCUGUCCAGCUCACUGUCACUGCAGCUCUGGGUGCCGCCGCCACAGCUGUUUGGAGUCAGCUAAACGUCUAGAAACAACCACCAACAAAUAGUCUUUAUACUUUACGCAAAGUUCUUGUGCAUGUAGGGAAUUUAGAUAACCAUUUAUUUGCUCUUUAUUAAGUAUUUAUGUAAUAAACAUAUUGUGAAAUUUUCACUUAAAAUAGGAUUUUUCUACUUUGCAUGCAUUUAAUGAGUAAAAUAAAAUUUGACUUGAAUGGGAAUUUCACUUUCGCUAAAGAUGGCAAUCUGAGUUGGGAGGAAAGUUGUGCAGGAAUUCCUUCCCUUGUUGACAUAAAAGCCCACAGACCUGGUUCAUCUUCAUCACUCCUUCUCUCCGCUUCUUCUCCUCACUUUUGCUCUGAGGCAUCUGAGAAUCUAGACGAGUUUAAGUCAUUUACGCCUUUCUGUUGAUUUGCAAACAUGAAGAACUUCUGGACAACUCUGAUCGCAUUCAGCGCCCUGAUUGCAACAGCACAACUCCUGACAUGCCAGAAGUGUUCAGUGUCUUUACUGGGCGGUUGUGCGAUUGGGAAAGAGGAGGUCACAUGUGCAACUGGAGAGAGUUGCACCUUCUCAGAAGCAAGCUUCACAGCGAAAGGGUCGCCCACUCUGUACAGCCGGGGCUGCGUGGCCAACACCUCCUGUGGGACCACAAUCACCAACACCAUCAUCGGUAUUGAGUACAGCAGCAAAUACGCCUGCUGCACCACAGACCUGUGCAACGGAGCCUCGGCUGUUCAGUUGUCUCUGACUGCUGGCCUCUGUGCCGCCAUCUUGUCCUCACUGUGGGGAUUCAUAUAGAUCAACAUGAAACCUACAGAUUUACACAUGAUAAUCCUCUGAUUUUUCUUAUUUCUUAUGCAUUAAUUGAAGUUUUAACUUAUCAGCCUUAUGCUCCAGUUGGAACAGAUGUAAAAACAGAAAUGCAUAAAAUCAUUGUUCUUUUGGUACUAAUGGGUUUCCUUAUGAGGGUUAAAAAAGUAUCAUAUCCCAGCAAACAUGGAUAAUUUGUGUUGAGAAUUAUAAUAACUGAUUUUAUUUUUCAGAAUAUUUGGUUUUUUUACCUGCUGGAAAAAUAUUCAUUUUAGAUUAACUAAGGUUCAGAUAUUUGUUUUUCUUGUUGUUUUUCUCUGUGAUGAACGUUUGACCUGUUCAGAUUUGCCUCUUUCCAUCUGACUGAUAAGGCAAAAAAUUGUUUAAAUCAAUACAGAAAUAUGGAUUUAAUAAAACAAAAUAAUAGUUAUUACUUUCCAGGUUCCUUUUUUAUCUUACAAACAACCUUUAAUGGAGCACAUAUUUCAAUUUAAUGAAUAUGAUUAUUACAAGAAGCAUUGGGUUAAUUUUUUUGUGUUUUCUUUUUUUUUUAACCCAAUAGUUUUUUUUUUAUACUUGUUUUUAAUUAGUG